AUGAAUGAGCAAGAGAGUGGUGUGGUCUCAUUUGAUGAAUAUGUGCGGCAGAAGGCCCGUAGUAUCCCCCAGCACAGGAUGAAGGAGUUUUUAGAAUCACUCGCCAAGGGGCCAGAGGUGCUACAGGAGUUCAGCCAACAGGAAGGUGCAACCACCACUACAAUGGUUUACCAACAGGGCACCAAUUGUGUCUAUGCAGACAGCACGGAGGUGGCUGGGUCUCUGCUCGAACUGGCUUGUCCGGUGCAGGUGACGUCAGCAGAAAUUUCACCUCAACUGCCUGAGCAGCAAAUUGUGCAGGUACAGAUCCAGGGACAGCAAGGGAAUACAAUAGGCCAGGUGAUUCAGGUGGCCUCCCCCUCCCAGCAAGACCUGCAGGGCAUCGCACCUGGCACAACACUUAUCCACCAGGGAGAGUUCACAGAGGAGCAGCAACAGCAGAUACAGGCACAGCUGGUUGCAGCUGUCGCUGGAGGACAGCAGAUCCAGCUGUCGAGUGGCCAACAGAUCCAGCUGCAAGGGGGUCAACAGAUUCAACUUCAAGGGGGCCAACAGAUUCAACUUCAAGGGGGCCAACAGAUCCAGCUCCAAAGUGGCCAACAGAUCCAACUCCCAGGUGGCCAGCAAAUCCAGAUUCAAACGAUAGAGACCAUGUCUCCCACCCAGCAGCCUGGUUCACCGAGGGAGACGGAGAGAAGGUCAGGCACGUUCUCCAGCGUUCUCCAACCCGCCAAGAAGCGCAAAGUAGAUGUUCCCCUGGCUGUGUCCUACACCGUUCCACAGGGGCAGCAGGUGGCCACAGUCCUGGCCAUCCCUCAAGGUCAGCAGCAGGGUUAUGUAUCCCUGCGACCAGAUCUGCUCACUGUUGACAGCGCUCAGUUGUACAGCACCACGGGCACAAUAACGGGUCCCACCGGUGAAACUUGGACUAUACCCGUGUACUCUACCCCUCAACAGCAGGGUGUAGCUCACAUUGCCAUACCCCAGGAGGCAUACAGCACAGUUCAAGUUGCUACCACCCACAGUAAGGACAAAAUGGCGUCCGGUUCCUCGCCAAGGUCCGCAGGUAUCCAGUCAGUCUCUGCCGGGACACAGGAGGAGGUGGUACAGACUCUGUUCCCAGCGCAGUUCAUGAACGGUAACAUUCACAUCCCUGUAGCAGUGCAGACUGUAGGAGGGGCGUAUAACACUACACAGUCUGUACAAAUCUGGGACCCAAGUCAGCAGCACAGCCAAGGUGACGAGAGACAAGAACAACAGCAGGGUCAAGAAGAGACCCAGUCUCAUCCUGAGCCACCCCCAGAGCUCCUAGGUCCAGAUUGUCUGAAGCCGGAGGAGGGCCUAGAUGUCUGGCGCCUUUGGGUUCACAGGAAAAAUGAAGAACUGGGCAAGCGGGAGCAGACUAAACUUGCCCCUAUUGGACGUCGACAACCUCUGCGUUUUCAGGAGGACUUGGUGUCCAGUGCGGUCGCUGAGCUAAAUCUGGGUUUGUCAUUAAUGACCCAAGAGGCACGAGGACUGCAGGAGGAAGAAUAUGCCCCUGAUGUUCUCUAUUACGUCUUCUUGUGUAUACAGAAGUACCUCUCUGAAAAUGGACGUGUGGAUGAUAUUUUCGCUGACCCGUAUUACACACGCUUCUCUGAGAGUUUACACAAACUCUUGGAUGGCUGGAGACCCACUGUUCAUCCUUUAGGUUAUUUAAUCCCAUGUCACGUGUCAGAGGAGAUGCUGUGGGAGUGUAAACAGCUGGGGGCACAUUCACCAGCCACGUUGCUUACAACCCUAAUGUAUUUCAACACUAAGUAUUUCCACCUGACAACGGUUGAGCAGCAUAUGAAGGUCGCCUUCUCGAAGGUGCUCAGACACACCAAGAAAAGCUCCUCCAGCGCCAAGGACAAAACUACUAGUAUCCGCUUUCUUCAAAGCCAAGGUCCCCACCACGCCGGGCAAAAAGUGACUGAUGACAUGUACGAAGAGCAGUCCGAGGACUCCGAAAACCCUCUUCGCUGCCCCAUUAAGCUGUAUGACUUUUAUCUCUUCAAAUGUCCUCAGAGCGCAAAGGGACGUAAUGACGCAUACUACCUAACGCCAGAGCCUGUUGUAGCACCCAACAGCCCGAUCUGGUACUCGGCUCAGCCCAUCACGAGUCAGCAAGUAGAGCAUAUGCUCGCACGCAUUAUUGUGGUCCGAGAGAUCCAGGAAAUCAUCGGCACUGUGCCAGGAAACAUAAACUGAGAGGAGGGGAAAAAAAAGAUGAACUGAUGUAGACUCCCAUUGGAACUGGUUCUCCUGCACUGACUGUCAACUAUGCAGUAUCCCUCUCCCUUUUUGCACCGCCAUGGCCACCUUAAACGAAAGUGGCUUUCUUUUUUUUUUUUUUUUUGUUAAAAGGUGUGUGAGAGUUUUCUACAGGAGUAAUUAUUUCACCAUUGUUGAACGGAAAGCUUGUUUGAUUUAACGUUUGGAUGCCACGCCACACGUUUCCAGUGCUGAAUGAACUUUGCUUUGUUUUCCACUUUUCCACAUCACACGUUUGUAAGCUAUCCCCAGCAUAACGUUUUCAAACGGCAAGAGAGAGAGAAGCUGCCUAAGGUGACCACUUUCAGGUCAUGGUUGAACUGCAUGGCUGCUGUGCGGAGCCGGUUCAUUAUUCUGUCAGUCUCGUCAACUUCAUUUACAGUGACAUUUAACGCAAUAGUUCGAAAUUCUGGACAUUCGUUCCCUUUUCUACUCAUCAUUCACGUCAGUCAGGUGAUUUCAUCCUUAACGUUCGUCCCUCCAUGACGUCAUACUGGAACGCGGCUCCUGUUAGUCAGCCGUAGUGCAAUGCAAGUCAGGUGGUGCAAUGCAAGUCAUGUGGACCAAUCCUCAGUCUGUUCAUAAAAGCAGUCCGGAAUGCAGCAGCAGUUUAUCGGGGUGAUUGAGUAAUUAUUUCAAAAUGUUUACUGUAACUUUAACAGAAGAAAGAGUGCAGAUCUCCGAUCGCCGUCAGGUGCAUCGCCCCUUCUUUGCUGCUCGGACUUAGUAACAAAACCACCCCUUUUUUCGCCUACUGGGCAAAGGGGAGAUACUGAGGCACUUCCUGCGUAUCUCCCCUUCUCCGGUGCUCGGACUUGGGCGAAAAACCAGCUGAGGAGUUGGCACUCAGUUGCGUUAUAAAACGGAUUUUUCAAAGGUUUUGAAUCACCGCAACCAUGGAAGGUCCUUGAUCACACGGUCCUAACUGCACAGAAGUGAUUAGGCUGAUGGGCCCAGUAGUAUGUGAGAUUAGCAGCGGACAGAUACAUGUACACACAGACAGAAAAACCAGUGUUUUACGUGCUAUUAUCAGACGUUGGGCAGCGCCGAGUCCACUGAUUGAACGGGAAAUAUUAAAAAAUAUGCAGCGCAUGUCAAGUUAAAAAAUAUACCAAAUAAAAAAACGUUUUGCCUGUCAGUCUGUGGAUGUGCAGCCUCCUAGGCGGACCAGCAUUGCCAGGUGUUCGAUACAAAUUGUACAAAUACAAUAAUUAUAAUUAUCGUGUUUAUGAUAAUUUUGUCCUCUACGACCAAUAAUGUCAAAAGUCCCAUCAUGUACGAUAAUUUGAUCAUUUUGACAAUUGGCCUGGACUGAUUCCAACUACUAAUUUUACAACUACUAAUACUAUCUCAGUUCAUUUCCCGACACGAUCAGGGUAAUAAAGUACAGAUCCUGCGUCUGAUUACGCAUCUAUUGUCGCGUGACGUGUUUCGAGCCAGUCAUGCUCGUUGUGAUGGUGAGCGUGACCCACGAGCACGGCCGUCACGAACCACGAAUCAAACCCAGACGGGUAGGCUGUGCGGAACCUGAGCCGAUAAGACAAGCGUGUUAUUGAUUUAAUUUCCAUGUAGAUGCUGAACGGGCUGCACCACCUGUUGUAGUUUACUAUAUCCCCCACACAAGACGACGGAACCAUUUUUCAAACCGUUUUUAAGUUUCCCUUUAUACUGCUUCUGCUGACUUCUUUUUCUUCUUCCUCUUUCUCUUCUUUCUGGCAGCCGUAAUGACAGUCUGUCCUUCAGCAGGUGCAGCCUUGUCCUUGGUCUCCUCCAUCUCCUCCUCACUCAUACUGGGCUCCUCUGGAGAAGCCAAGAGCUUCUCCUCACGGGUCGAUUGAUCACAGGGUGUCAUCUCAGUUGCAACCACUCUUAAAUUAUGAAGGGAGUAAACAAACUAAAUGAUUACUCUUAUGUCAGUAUUACAGUUCCAUUUCUUUGAAUAAAUGCCAAAAAACUACCCCCUUCCCCACGUCAUAACUACUGCUACUUUCGGCUGCUCCCGUUGGGGGUCGCCAUAGCGGAUCAUCCGUUUCCAUUUCUUCCUGUCCUCUGCAUC